AUGACCCUGGCUUUCCAGUUGGUCUCCUUCACCUACAUCUGGAUCACAUUGAUACCAAAUGUUUGUGCUGCUUCUAACAUCAAGAUGACACACCAGCGGUGCUCCUCUUCAAUGAAACAAACCUGCAAACAAGAAACUAGAAUGAAGAAAGAUGACAGUACCAAAGUGCGGCCUCAGAAAUAUGAGCAACUUCUCCAUAUAGAGGACAACGAUUUUGCAAUGAGACCUGGAUUUGGAGGGUCCCCAGUGCCAGUAGGUAUAGACGUCCAUGUUGAAAGCAUUGACAGCAUUUCAGAGACUAACAUGGACUUUACAAUGACUUUUUAUCUCAGGCAUUACUGGAAAGACGAGAGGCUCUCCUUUCCUAGCACAGCAAACAAAAGCAUGACAUUUGAUCAUAGAUUGAUCAGAAAGAUCUGGGUGCCUGAUAUCUUUUUUGUCCACUCUAAAAGAUCCUUCAUCCAUGAUACAACUAUGGAGAAUAUCAUGCUGCGCGUACACCCUGAUGGAAACGUCCUCCUAAGUCUCAGGAUAACGGUUUCGGCCAUGUGCUUUAUGGAUUUCAGCAGGUUUCCUCUUGACACUCAAAAUUGUUCUCUUGAACUGGAAAGCUAUGCCUACAAUGAGGACGACCUAAUGCUAUACUGGAAACAUGGAAACAAGUCCUUAAAUACUGAAGAGCAUAUGUCCCUUUCUCAGUUCUUCAUUGAAGACUUCAGUGCAUCUAGUGGAUUAGCUUUCUAUAGCAGCACAGGUUGGUACAAUAGGCUUUUCAUCAACUUUGUGCUAAGGAGGCAUAUUUUCUUCUUUGUGCUGCAAACCUAUUUCCCAGCCAUAUUGAUGGUGAUGCUGUCAUGGGUUUCAUUUUGGAUUGACCGAAGAGCUGUUCCUGCAAGAGUUUCCCUGGGAAUCACCACAGUGCUGACCAUGUCCACGAUCAUCACUGCCAUGAGCGCCUCCAUGCCCCAGGUGUCCUACCUCAAGGCUGUGGAUGUGUACCUGUGGGUCAGCUCCUUCUUCGUGUUCCUGUCAGUCAUUGAGUAUGCAGCUGUGAACUACCUCACCACGGUGGAAGAGCGGAAACAAUUCAAGAAGACAGGGAAGAUUUCUAGGAUGUACAAUAUUGAUGCAGUUCAAGCCAUGGCCUUCGAUGGUUGUUACCAUGACAGCGAGAUUGACAUGGACCAGACUUCCCUCUCUCUAAACUCAGAAGACUUCAUGAGAAGAAAAUCGAUACGCAGCCCCAGCACCGAUUCAUCUCGGAUAAAGAGAAGAAAAUCCCUAGGAGGACAUGUUGGUAGAAUCAUUCUGGAAAACAACCAUGUCAUUGACACCUAUUCUAGGAUUUUGUUCCCCGUUGUGUAUAUUUUAUUUAAUUUGUUUUACUGGGGUGUAUAUGUAUGAAGGGGAAUUUCACAUGUAUACAACUUUAAAGCCAGACGAUGUUUCAAAACAAAACUCUUGAAUAUGAGGUGGAUAGUCCUAGAUGGAACUGGGAAAGAGCCAGUCACCUCUCCUGCCCUAGUGAAAAUUUGAAAGCUGACUUAUUUACAUCUAAGA